AUCGCUCUUCCGAAGGGUGAUCGUAAGAGUAAUGAAUCAUUCACAUUUUCAAACUUUUUGAAGGAAUAAAAAUAGUCAAUUUUUCAUUUUUGCUUUUUCCGCCGAGACAUACACAAAUUUCCCUCCCAAGUUCCAACUUCCAACUGAGCAAUUGGCUGAGAAAAUAAGAAAAAGAAAGCAGCGAUGGAUAGUCAAGGAAACAGAGAGAAAAUGUCCAAACAGAAACGAGAUAGGAACCUCCUCGCCUUCACCGGAGCUACCGCUAUUGCCGUCCUCGCUGUCAACUUCGCUAUUGCCGCUUUCAACGCUCACAAGAAAAAACAAAAGAAGAAAGAUCUUCAAGGCUCUAAUGUCCGCGUUAACUUGUCGGCUUCUGAAAUUCUAAAAUUAGCAGACCGAAUCAUUGCUAAGUCAAAACAAGUCCACGAUGCAGUGGCUUCAGUUCCUUUUGACAAGGUUACAUAUUUGAACGUUAUUUCACCUCUAGCAGAGUUGGAGGCAGAGCAAUUUCCGCAAGUCCAAUCUUGUGUGUUUCCGAGGUUGGUGUCCAGUUUGGAUGAUGUGCGUAAAGCGAGCACUGAAGCAGAGAGGAGAAUAGAUGCUCAUGUUUUGUCUUGCAGCAAGCGUGAAGAUGUGUACCGUGCUGUCAAAGCUUAUGCUUCUAAGAGAGAAUGGACAAGCCCUGAAGUUAAACGUUAUAUCCAAUCCUUGGUCAGAGACUUUGAGCGGAAUGGAUUGAACCUUACUGUAACAAAGAGAGAGGAAGUGCAGAGAUUGAGAGCUCAGAUUGACGAGCUAAGCUUGCGGUAUGUACGAAAUUUGAGUGAUGAUAAUACUUUUCUUCUUUUCAACGAGGCUGAGCUUGUUGGAUUGCCACCGGAGUUUCUGAAGAGUUUAGAUAAAGCUGAAAAUGGAAAGUUCAAGGUCAUGCUGAAAGGUCAUCACGUUCCAGUGGUGUUAGAGCUAUGCAAGGUAGGAAGAACAAGAAGAUUAGUAGCUGAAGCACAUGGGAAGAGGUGUGGAGAUAUCAAUCUGUCUGUCUUGGAAUGUUUGGUUGAAACACGCCAUAAAUUAGCCCGUUUGCUUGGCUAUUUGAACUAUGCAGACUAUGCAGUUGAUCUUAGAAUGGCAAAGACGUCAUCUAAGGUAUUUGAGUUCUUAGAGGAAAUCUCUGCCAGUCUGACUGACUUGGCAACUAAAGAACUUAUGAUGUUGAAGGAUUUAAAGAAGAAAGAAGAAGGGGAGCUUCCUUUUGGAGUUGAGGAUCUGUUAUACUACAUUAAGAGGAUUGAAGAGCAGCAAUUUGAUCUGGACCUUGGAGCUGUUAAACAGUAUUUUCCUGUCAAUUUGGUUCUAUCUGGGGUCUUCAAAAUAUCCCAAGACCUUUUUGGCUUAAGAUUUGAGGAAGUUGUAGAUGUUGAAGUUUGGCAUAGUGAUGUUCGAGUUUUCUCAGUUUUUGAUUUAAGUUCUAGUGAACUUCUGGGUUAUUUCUACCUUGAUAUAUACAAAAGGGAAGGGAAAUAUGGUCACACCUGCGUUGUCUCGCUUCAAAACGGUGCAAUAUCUUCAACUGGUGUACGACAGAUACCAGUGGCGCUACUGAUAUCUCAAAUUCAAAAAGACGUUGUUGGUCUUCCAAGUUUAUUGAGAUUCUCUGAAGUGGUUAACUUUUUCCAUGAGUUUGGCCAUGUGGUCCAACAUGUUUGCAACCGUGCAUCAUUUGCUAAAUUCUCUGGCCUACGUGUUGAUCCUGACUUUGUGGAAAUCCCUGGUCAGUUGCUAGAAAACUGGUGUUACGAGAGCUUCUCGUUGAAGCUGAUAUCUGGUUUCCAUCAGGAUAUCACAAAGCCAAUCAAGGAUGAAGUAUGUAAAUCUCUUAAAAGAUGGAGAUAUGCUUUUUCUGCACUGAAAUUGAAGCAAGAAAUCCUUUAUUGUAUUUUUGAUCAAAUUAUACAUUCAGCCGACAAUGUUGACAUUGUAGAGUUAUCCAAGCAUCUUCAUUCGAAGGUAAUGUUAGGUUUGCCAAUGUUGGAAGGAACAAACCCAGCUUCAUGUUUCCCACGUAGUGCAAUUGGUUUUGAAGCUGCUUGUUACAGCCAUAUUUGGAGCGAGGUUUUCGCAGCUGAUAUAUUUGCUUCUAAAUUUCGUGAUGAUGGUAUUCUGAAUCAGUAUGCUGGGAUGCAGUUCAGGAACAAAGUAUUGGCCCCUGGAAGUUCAAAGGAUCCCAUUGAAAUUCUCUCGGACUUUCUUGGAAGAGAACCAUCAAUUCAGGCUUUUGUCAACAGCAGAUCUGAAUAUGGUUUGUGAUGAUAUAUGUUUCACAUGCGGAAGGGAUUUUUUGUUUCUUUAAUCUUCCCUUCUGAUACCACUAAGUAAAAUUUAGCAGCAUUUUGCAAUUUUAGGUUGCCAGCAGAAAUUAUAAAAGUUUCUAUUUCUCGAUGCCUUUCAUGCUUAGCGUUGGGUA